AUGGCCCGAACCAAGCAAACAGCGAGAAAGUCCACCGGAGGAAAAGCGCCUCGUAAACAGCUGGCUACUAAGGCAGCUCGAAAGAGCGCUCCUGCUACUGGUGGCGUGAAAAACCGCACCGUUACAGGCCAGGAACAGUGGCCCUCAGAGAGAUCCGUCGUUAUCAGAAGUCCACCGAGUUGCUGAUUCGCAAGUUACCGUUUCAGCGUCUUGUUCGAGAAAUCGCUCAGGAUUUCAAGACCGACUUGCGCUUUCAAAGCUCAGCCGUGCUGGCUCUUCAAGAGGCUAGCGAAGCCUACCUGGUCGGUCUUUUCGAGGACACCAACCUUUGCGCCAUUCACGCUAAACGUGUCACCAUCAUGCCUAAAGAUAUCCAGUUGGCUCGUAGGAUCCGGGGCGAACGUGCAUAA